AUGGUCAAGUCUUAUCAAAGAUUCGAGCAAGAGAGUGUGCUCGGUGUCAUUGCUAGCAGCACAAAUUGCUUGUGGAUUCCUGCGGAGACAAGAAAUGGUUCAGGCCAAGUUUUGACCGGGGCACUUGAAAAUGUUAAUUGCUGGUCUAUGAAAUCCGGGGAGCUAUUAGGAACCCUUAGUGAUGGGCUUCCACCAGGGGCUGUUGAUGGUAAAACCACCAGACCUGCAGAGUCCUCAUUUCUGCAAUAUCAAGCAGAAACCAAUCUUUUAGCAGUAGGGUACUCUGAUGGUGUGAUAAAAAUCUGGGAUUUACUUUCGAAAUCUGUGCUAAUUCAUUUUAAUGGACACAAAUCAGCUAUCACAAUGAUGAGGUUUGAUAACACCGGUACGAGGCUGAUAUCGGGAUCUAAGGACUCAGAUAUUAUAGUAUGGGACCUCGUUGGAGAAGUAGGGCUGUACAAAUUGCGCUCACAUAAGGACUCUGUGACAGGAUUGUGGUGUCAAGGCGAAGAGUGGCUAGUCAGCACAUCGAAAGAUGGCCUUAUUAAGGUUUGGGACAUGAAAACGCGGCAAUGCGUUGAAACGCACAUGGCUCAUGUUGGAGAAUGUUGGAGCUUGGGCGUUCAUGCCGAUCUGGCAAUCACUACAGGUGCCGAUAACCAGCUCAAAAUAUGGGAGCUGGAUUUCGACGCCAAGCCCGGUAAUAUCUUGACAGAAAAGGGCAUGCAUGAAAAGCAGAGCAAGCAAAGAGGCGUGGAUAUCGAGUUUCUAAGCGUCAAUGAGAAUUCUGUUUUUUUCGUUGUGCAGAAUGCUGACAGAACUGCCGAGAUAUUCAGACUCAGGACUUCCGAGGAAAUUGCUAAAGCGCUCAAGAAAAGAGAGAAAAGGCUUGCAGAGAAAGGUUUGACCGAGUUGGAAAUCAAGCAGAAUUUAAAAGACUCUUAUAGCUCGUUUGUGAUGCAUUCUUUCCAGAUAAUAAGAUCAACGUUCAGAAUCAGGGCAGUGUGCUGGGCCGCUGCGACAAGCUCAAAAUUGGAGCUUGUUGUAACCACCUCAAACAACAACAUUGACUACUACUCCAUUCCUUAUAAAAAACGUGAGGCAUCUACUCCAUCCCCAGUAAAACUGUAUUCAAUCGACAUCAAAGGUCACCGUACUGAUGUUCGUGCGGUCGAUAUUAGUGACGAUGGAAAACUGCUAGCCACUGCGUCAAACGGCCUUUUGAAAAUCUGGAACAUGAAAACCGAAAGUUGCAUAAGGACUUUUGAGUGUGGCUAUGCUCUAACCUGUAAAUUCCUUCCAGGAGGAGCCCUUAUUGUUUUAGGGACCAAAACAGGUGAAUUGCAACUAUUUGACUUGGCCUCUUCGACGCUGCUGAGUACAGAUGCUGGGCAUAAAGACGCCAUCUGGUCUCUGGAUGUUACUAGCGAUGGAAAAAGGCUUGUCACAGGAUCUGCAGACAAGACGGUUCGGUUUUGGGAGUUCCAGGUCGAACAAGAGCUAAUUCCGGACUCCGUUAACAAGACUGUUUCUAAGUUGAAGCUUUUCCAUGAUACUACAUUGGAGCUCAACGAUGAUGUACUUGCGGUGAAAAUAUCGCCAGACGACAAGUUCCUCGCCGUCUCGUUACUUGACAACACGGUAAAGGUAUUUUUCUUAGACUCCAAGAAGUUUUUCCUAAGUUUGUACGGGCAUAAACUCCCCGUCUUGUCAAUUGACAUAUCAUUCGAUUCAAAGCUUCUGAUAACUUCGUCUGCUGAUAAAAACAUCAAGAUCUGGGGCCUAGAUUUCGGUGACUGUCACAAGUCUUUAUUUGCUCACAACGAUUCCAUCAUGAAGGUCUGUUUCGUACCUGAGUCUCACAACUUCUUCAGUUGCAGCAAAGAUACAUUAGUCAAGUACUGGGACGGCGAUAAAUUCGAGUGCAUUCAAAAACUUGCCGCGCACCAAAAAGAGGUUUGGGCCCUAGCGAUCUCUUCUGACGCCAGAACUGUGGUCUCUGCUUCCCAUGACCAGAGUAUACGUGUUUGGUCUGAAACUGACGACCAGGUUUUCUUAGAAGAAGAAAGAGAGCGUGAAUCCGAAGAAACGUAUGAGGAGACUCUGUUGACUUCAUUAGAGGAUGGGAAUGGCGACGACAUGUUUCAAAAAGGUAACGAUGAGAGCGAAGAAGGAGCCGAUCACGCAACAGGUGUUCACAAACAGACCACUGAAUCAUUGAAAGCAAGUGAAAAGCUGAUUGAUGCAAUGGAUCUCGGCAUGGCAGAGAUCAGAACCAUGUCUGAAUACGAAAAGGCUGUCAAGGCUUGGGAAAAGAAAAAAUUAGGACCACAGCCAGGAAUACCGCAACCAAACAGCAUAUUGCUAGCUGUUCAAAAGACUCCGCUCGAGUACAUUAUGGAUGUACUUGUAAGAAUCAAGCCCUCUCAGCUGGAAGAUGCCUUACUCGUGCUCCCAUUCUCAUACGUCCUCGACAUGCUUCAAUACAUAUACCUAGUGGUCGAAGACAAGAGUAUCAUGACAAGAAGAUUGCCGUUAGUAUGCCGCAUUCUUUUUUUCCUCAUACGAUCGAACCACCGUGAAUUAUUUUCGCAGAAAAACCCAGAGCUGAAGGUGCAGGUCGAUAAAAUCAGAUCUUCACUUAGAGAGUCCAUUCAAAGCAAGGCCGAUGAUUUGGGUUUCAAUCUUCAGGGUUUGAAAUUUAUCAAGAACCAGUGGAAUUUGAAGCAUAACUUCGAUUUCACGGACGACGUUACUAAGACUGCCGUGAUGGACAAGAGGGUCAAAAAGAGAGUUUUUGAAACCUUAGUAUAG